UUCACUCAAGAUCCAUUUCGUCAUUGUUUCUUAGUUGUUGCCUUCAUCUUAUUCAGGCUCGCCACUGUCGAAUUCUGUCCUUCAAUAUCACCACUACUUCUGAUGAUGAAGAGCUCCGCAUUGGUGAAGAGAUCAGCGGCCAGCUUCUCCAAGCGAUUGAGCAGUCAAAGAUCUCAAUACCAAUCUUUUCCAAAGGAUAUGCAGAUAGUACAUGGUGCCUUAGAGAGUUGGUCAAGAUGGUGGAGAGCAAGAACACGAGGAGACAUAAGAUCAUGCCCAUUUUCUACAAUGUCGCACCAUCCGAGGUAAAAUACCAGACUGAUCACUACAGCAAUGCCAUUGUUUCUCAUGCAAACAAGAAGCGGUUCGAUGAUGAUACUAUCGACAAUUGGAAGGCUGCUCUCAAUGAGGUUGGAGCACUAAAGGGAUGGGACUUCCAAAGCAUGCCAAACAGAGGUAAAGGUGAAUUUGUGAAAGAAGUUGUCAAUAAUGUUUUGAUUGAGUUGAAAACUGCCUACUUGGAAGUAUCUGAUUGCUUAGUCGAAGUAAACAAUCAUGUGGAUGAAAUCAUGAGGAUGAUAUGUACACACAAUCAUGAAACAAAGAUCGUCGGAAUCCACGGUAUUGGUGGCAUGGGAAAGACGACUCUUGCCCAAAUAGUGUACAAUCAACUUUCUGAUGAUUUUUCUAAUUGUUGCUUCCUUUCUAACAUUCGAGAAACAGAGAUUACACGCUUGCAAAAAUCAACUCAUAUCGAACAUCCCGAAGAAAAGAUGGCCCGAUAUCAACAAUAUCAUGGAAGGAAAAAGGUGAUUAAGGAAAGGUUAUGCUCUAAAAUAGUGCUUCUUCUGCUUGAUGAUGUUGACGAAGCAAGUCAACUCGAUGCGCGUGCAAAAGCGUGA